GGUUACAUGCACCUACACUCUGCAUAAGAUACCAUUUCACGGCGUUUACACCACGUUGGGAUGCGUUGCACUCAUGGUUGACCCGGGUGUACAUCGCUGCUCUUCCCACUGUCAUGGGCGGUUUAUACGCAUCUACAUCAAGCAUGGCGGCCUAUGCUCACCCAUAUGCCUCUAUUGAGACGCUGCGACGUACGCUCAUUAUGCCAAUACAUCGUGUCAUCGUUCUCGCCCUCAUGCUUGUGUGAUAUGCAUCUUUAUCGGAAAUGACAUGCUGCCGAUCUUGACGUUCGUGUGGUGGAGAUGUGUGGUUUGGGUAGUUUGAAACUUUCCUUCGCAAGACCAUCAUUUCGCUUCACAAGAUAGCUCCGUUAUUGAGGCUACCGGUGGGACUAGCGAUCAUAAUACUGCUGUCAUUGCUCCUCAUAAUGACAAGGCACUCCCAUCUACCACUGGAGCCAGAAAAUUCUGCCACAACCACCACCCUGCCGGCGAACGCCAUCCCGACACCUUCAACGUUCAACGAUGGCCUACCCUUACCGAAGAUGAUGGUGUUUGAUCUUGACUAUACUCUGUGGCCGCUAUGGUGUGACACGCACGUCUCCGGCCCCAUCAAAGGCAGCAAAGACAACGGCCGCACGGUCUACGACGCUUACGGAGGCAGCUACGGCUUCUACAGCGACGUGGCGGGCAUUCUCGCCACCCUCAAGCAACGAAAUAUCGUCAUUGGUGCCGCAAGCAGGACCUCAGCGACAGAGGUUGCUCGCUCCAUGCUCACGCACCUACGCGUGCCCUUCACCGCUGAAGACAGCAAAGAAACAUCCGCAAAAGCGAUAGGCAUGUUCGACUAUAUGGAGAUCUACCCAGGGAGCAAGACGACGCAUUUUCAGAGGCUGCAUAAGAAGAGCGGGAUCAAGUACGAGGAGAUGCUGUUCUUCGAUGACGAGAGCCGGAAUAAGAAUGUGGAGGAGCUGGGCGUGGUGAUGCAUUUGAUCAGGAACGGUGUUACGGUUGCGGAAGUGGACAAGGGUGUGGAGGCGUGGAGGAAGCGAAAUGGGCGGACGAAGAAGGAAGCCAGUGGCUGACAGGCAGGUUGUAGAGUGUGAAGAAGAACAGCACAAUGCUUGGUCGACCAUUCUUAUGAUCGCUGAGGACCCGGGUGGCAAAAGUGCCUCCACCUUGCUACGCUACCAAAUACCCACGCCAUGGCAAUGCGCUAGUGAUGAGCCUUGCAACGCGGUG